AUGCGUUUGACCCGCAGUUGCACGAGUGUCGCGGUGAAAACGAUCUCCUCUCCAAAACCCGCCUCAACCACUCAUAUGCUGGAGAAUUCCUGCAAAUUCCCUACCAUUUCAUCGGCUGAUGAGAGUCUGAAAAAGUACAUAAAGUUGAACAAAACGCAGAAAGCGUGCCCGAAUCCGUAUUUGGAAGUGAUGACAAAGGAUGAAAUGGGCAAUUUCUACUUUGCCGAGUCAAAAGAGAUCACGAAAAACUCGAUGCAAUGUUAUAUGAGCGAGUUGGGUGGAGCGCUUCGCCCGAAAGCUCUUCGUUUCACGAAGAAUGGACGAUUUUUGUUACCAAAAACGAUUGGUUUGGGUGAAUGCAGACAAUUUCUUGAUUACAUGUUAUGGGAACGCGAAUCUGAGCACGAUAUUCAGACGACAAUUCAUGGGAGUCAC